GGGCGGGAUCCUUUCCUCCACAUCCUUCUCCCUCCCCUUCCCAUUCCCGUCUGGUGGCAUCGAGGUUAUUGAUACCAUGCUCUCCGCAUCCCUGGGCGUGGGUUCAUAGGCAACAUCUCCUCCCCUCUUCUCAAUGUCUCCUGGGUGGGGGAGGUCAUUGAUAACACCCCACCCCCUUAGGGUAUCCUCUUCUCAAUGGGUCCUGGGUGGGGGAGGUCAUUGAUAACACCCCACCCCCGUAGGGUAUCCUCUUCUCAAUGGGUCCUGGGGCGGGAGGGGCUGUCAGUGAUAACAUCUCCCAUCAGGGUGUCCUCUCUUCAAUGUCUCCUGGGUGGCGGGGCGGUCAUUAAUAACGCACUCGGCCCUUCAAAUAACCUCUUUUCAUUGUCUCCUGGGCUGGGGGGGAUAGUCAUUAACAACACCCCGUCCCCUUAAUGUCUCCGGGGGUGUGGUGGUCAUUAAUAACACCCUCUCCCCUUAGGGUAUCCUCUUCUCAAUGUCUCCUGGGAGGGGCAGGAGGAGUCAUUGAUAACAUCUCCUCAGUGUCUCCUGGCAGAGGGGGGAGUCAAUGAUAUCACCCCACCCCCUCCCUUAAGGUUGUUUUCUCUAUUCCGGGAGGGGGGACUCAUUGACAACAACCCGAUCCCUCAGGGUAUCUUCUCCUCACUCCUCCGGGGUUGGGUGGGGGGUUUGGAGGUGACAUUGGGCUCCGCCAACCUUGCUGACCCAUUGGUAGGUUGGGAGUCAUUAACACCAUUCCUCUCCCCAACCUCAUCACCUCAUGUUGAGGGUGGGAGGGAUUUGAUGAGUCCGCCCCCAGUGAGGGGAUGGGGAUGGGGAUGGUGACAGUGUGCUGCUGCCUUUAAAGCCGGCCGGCCGGCCGGAGCUCUCUGUCCAACAUCUGUACUCCGCCUCUCCGUCUCAGCUUGUCCUCACAGCCCCCUUUUCGCCUCUCUCGACCCGGCAGGAUGGAGAUCGUGUGUCGGCUGUUGGCAGCCCUCAUGACCCUGGGGACUCUGUGUGGUGCUGAGACCGUGAAGUUUCACGAGUGCGGAUCUACAGUUGGAAAAAUUCUUACAGUGGAUAUAACCCCCUGCCCCACUCUCCCAUGUAUACUUCGCAAAGGACAGACAUCUGCUGUGAAUGUCACCUUCAUCAGCAAAACCUCAACUAAAACAAGCACAGCUAUAGUUCAUGGGAUCUUGAAUAAAGUUCCAAUUCCUUUUCAUAUCCCUAAUGCUGAUGGCUGCAAAUCUGGAAUUCGGUGUCCCAUCCGGAGCAAUCAAACCUACCACUACAUCAAUUCGUUACCAGUAAAAAGUGAAUACCCAUCAAUUAAACUGGUGGUUUCAUGGGAACUGAAGGAUGAAAAUGACCGCAAUCUUUUCUGCUGGAGGAUCCCUGUCCAGAUUACCGAAUAAACAAGAUCACCGAUUACCAGCUUCUGUAACAGUACUCAAAAUGGACUUAUCCAGAGAACAGUUUCUAGAUCGUGCAUAUUCAGGAAGUUGGGAAUGACUUCAAUUUUGCUUUAAGCUUAGCGUUGUUAUUUGCACUCAAAGUUUUUGAAUGUAGAUGUCUAGACUGUAAUCUAUUCUAGCUUUAAAACAAGUGGAUCAAUAAAGAUGUGAAUUACAGUGUG